UCUCUGCGCGUGCUACUGCCAGUUCCGUGUCGGCCGCGAGUUUACCAGCCACGCACUGCCUGCACACGCUAUAUCCAACGCCGGGCUGCAACGAUGUGACUCUUUUAGCUUAUUACAAAACGCUUUUUCAGCCUCUAAUACCAACCCAGCACUGAGCGACGCAAAGGAAUUCAUAGCGGGUCACUGUCUGAACAAACAUGCUUUCAGAUUUGUGUUCCAACUGCCUUGAAACGGAGGCAAGAAUGAAAUCGCAGUGGCAGCCUCAGGUAGUGCCGUGACUCCAGCUUGUGAUCUCCCGACCUCUGUGACCUUCGAGUCGAGAUGGCGACCCAGCGAAAGCACCUGGUCCGUGAUUUCAACCGGCACAUCACCUGCUCAAUUUGCCGUGGAUAUUUGAUCAAGCCCACUGCUGUCACAGAAUGCCUGCACACCUUUUGUAAGAGUUGUAUUGUUCAGCAUUUUGAAGAGAGCAAUGAAUGCCCGGAGUGUGGAAUACAGGUCCAUGAAACCAACCCCUUAGAGAUGCUGAGACUAGAUAAAACCUUAGAAGAGAUUAUCUUCAAGCUGGUGCCUGGACUAAGAGACAAGGAAGAACAACAGGAAAGUGAGUUUUGGAGAAAAAAUAAACUCAAAUCAAAUGGAGAAGAUGGCCCAAGGGCUAAGAAACCUUGCUUGAGCGAUGAAGAGGAAGAUGAUGGAAAGGGUGGAGACUACCACAGAAGUGAUCCUCAGAUCGCUAUUUGUCUGGACUGUCUACGAAACAAUGGCCAGUCUGGAGAAAGCAUAGUAAAGGGUUUAAUGAAGAAAUUCAUCCGUUGCUCCACUCGUGUUACAGUGGGAACCAUUAAGAAGUUCCUCUGUGUAAAAUUGAAGAUGCCAAGCUCUUAUGAGCUCGACGUUCUAUGUAAUGGCGAGAUCAUGGGCAAAGACCACACCCUGGAAUUCAUCUACCGCACUCGAUGGAGACUACAGGGAGAAAGCGUAAGUGCUUAUCCCAUGGUCCUCGAAUACCGUCCACGGAUCGACUUCGGUUAAAUAGCACUUAAAGCUUUUUGGAAGUUCCUCCAAUCUGUACAGACUGAUGUCACGAGAUAGACAGUUAAACAAAAAGCAAAAUAACAGAAUGAUUGUGCCUCAGAAAGACAACAACACAAAGCCCCACGACUGACAGGACUGCUCUCUUCUUCCUGUGCACUGCUUCAGCAUUAUCCGUGUUUCCUCCCUCCUUCGUGUCCCUGACUGACAGGUGAGGCUCCGCCCACUGGCACAGCAUCAAGUCUAAUGACGUUUCUCCAAAGCUUUCCCCGCAUGUUGUCUCUAUGACGACGCCUUAGCGUAGGGCAGCCUGUUGGGAUUAUGUGACAGCAAUCUAGCACAGACAGUAAGCUAAAACACAUCCCAAAAACAGCAACCUGGAUAAGAGAGGAGAAAUUUUAGGAUGAGGUUGGAAUUAUACUUAAGAAGAUAAGAGGAUUUAAUUGAUUUUAAAUUAUGGUUUUAUUAGACGUUUUGUCUGAGAGUUUGCACUAGAGACAAAUCCAAAUGUCUCGCCGUAUUGUUGCUAUGCUAUCUCGGUUUCAUUCUCUCUCCUUUUCUACUGUUAGGUCUUUUUCCUCCUUGUUCUUACCACCUUCAUUGUUUUUAUAAAUUCAGUAACACUUUUUCGUGUUACCCUCUCUGUCCCUUUCUUUUUCUCGCUCUCACAUGCACAUUAACUCUGGUUUUCUCUGGCUUGUUUCAUCUUCCCUCACACGCUCUCAUUUUUCUCCAAUGGUGUUUUUGGCUUUGGUCUGGAGUAUUGAUGGAUCUCAUUCAGUUGGAAUUGAAUGAGAGGUCUAUAGAUGUCCCAAAAUAACUGCACUGAAAGGCACUCUGUGUAAGCGUUUCUCCCUCACACUAAUCUAACGCCAAAUCUUACAUUUACCCAAACUAGAUUUUUAUCUCAUUUGAAAUGGCAUUACAAUAACUAAUGCCAGACAUGCUUAAAACAGCAAAUUACUGAGAAGUGUCAUUUUUUCAAUGAACAGGAAAUGACUGAGGAGCACCAGCUGUAUCUUGAGCAGAACAGCUUUGGCUCACAGUCUGUUAGCAGUAAACAUUCUGUUGUUUCCUGUUUAAUUAGAAACUAUAUUUAAAUGCUCAUAAUAAGAUAUUCCAAUGAAAUCCUCAUCACCUCAACAGACUAAUUCAUUUUGACCGCUGCACCCAUGACUGAAUGUCAAUAAUGUCUCUUUUCCAGUGUAUUUUGAGUGGUUUGCUCUUGCAAAAUAAGACUGUAGUUUAAUGUGUUGAUGCUGAAAUAUUUGAAUCAGAAUUAUUGAGACAAAAACAUAUUUUCAUUAACAAUGCAGAGGGAAUAUACAGUUAUUUCAUAUUUGAAAAAGAUUUGAUUUAUAUAUUUAAAAUUACUUAAAAUAUAUAGAAAUCAGACUUGUUUCUGAAAGGAUGUGAUUCAGAAAACAGCUAUGCAUAGGCCAGUGAUUUGAUAUAGAAAGGGAAUUAAAGGGAUAGUUAAACCAAAAAUGAGAAUUCUGUCAUCAUUUACUCACCCAUUUGUCAUUUCAAACAUGUAUGCCUUUUUUUCUUCUGCAGAACACAAAAGAAGAUAUUUGGAAGAAUAUUGGUAACCGAACAGCACCGCCACCCUAUUGUAUAGGCACUUCUAUUGUAUGGGCAUUAAACCAAUGCAAGUGAAUGAGUGGCGGUUACCAACAUUCUUCAAAAUAUCUUAUUUUGUGUUCUGCUGAAGAAAAAAGUCAGGUUUGAAAUGACAAUGAUGACAGAAUAUCCAUUUUUGAUCUGACAUUUUUUAAACUGCUACUUCAGUAAAUUGAUCAAGUAAUUGUCAUGUUUGUAAUUCAAUCAUUAUAUUGUUUUAAAUAUUUUAGUACUGGGUGUUUCAUGUCUUUAGUUCUGAUAGUUUAAAAGGUUAUAGGAGGCAAAGGGUUAACUCUUAAGUCUGUUUACAUUAUAAUGUCAGUGGUUAAUGUAUGUGCAGUAGCCUUUAGUUGAAAUAUUACAUUUAAGCCUAUAUUUAUAACACCAGGUUAACACCAAACUGAAAGUUGCCAAACAUAUUUAGUAACAUUUCCAGAAUGUUUUUUUCAUGAGUGUUUUACCAUUUUAAGGCAUUGAGCUUGGCUAAACCCGAUUAUACUCCACAAAAUCAUAUUUGAUGGUGCAUAUAGAAAGAGUAGAUAAAACAAUUCCUUUGCUUUCGGUCAUCUCAGGGGGUGAUAACUGGUGAAACCAGGGUUUGUUCAAUGUUCUCUGGUAGGAAGGCUGUCAUUAACAAUGAGUUUUCAAAGGUACAAGUAAAUACAGCAAUCAGACAAUUUCUCAAAAACAUGUACAGUACAAUAGUGGAAAUAUCAGAUCUUUCUGAUGACUCAUUUACAACUUAAUGUCUUAAACACUUAAUGUCUGAUCAGCAUCAGUUUUACCAACAUGGUCUACUGCAAUAGAUCUUAAAAAUCUUGCAUUUGCACUCUGUCUGUUCAGCAGUGGAAUUCUUCAUGUUGUUGUUUAGGACAAAGGCCACUGGCUGCUCUCCAAAAUCCAAGUUCCUCCCCACAAAAAAAUGCAAAUCAACUAUAAAGUGUCUUUGAGCUCUGAUUAUGAAUACAAUGUAUUUUUGUAUGUUAAAGCACUUAUGUAUAUUUGAACCUAUAAUCAUAAAAUUUUAUGUCAAUGCUUGUCUUUUUCCUAAUAGAUGAUGCUGCUUGGGGUAAUUUAUUUGUUUUUUAUACUUCUCGUUGCCUGCUAUGUGUUCCCCUUGUAAAUGGUCUCAUUGUACAUGAAAAAGCUUCCUAAUGCUAUUCAUGACCUAUUAUUAUUAUUUAAUUACUAAACAUUAAAUAUUAAAAAACAUAAUGGGAUUUUCUCCUUUUUUGGGGUGCUGCAAAGAUUAAUUACUCUGUAUCAUGCCGGUACAAGGACAUUUUGAUGGCGCAAUAAAUAAUAAAGCUGUAAUGUUAUGGAAAUUAAGUAAAUGUUUUAAAUAUAAUCUUGUACUAUUGGUGGGUUUCUAUGUCUUUAAACGAUAGAUUAAAUUUUAGAUUUCUAAUGAAAGAAA